UUCCUUUAUUUUUUCGAUAUCCUACAAAAAACGAAAUAAUAUUCACAAAACAUGGCAAUGGCCUUUAAGGUCUUAAACUUUUAAAGGCCCCAAAGUGCUCUUUAAAGCAGGGGGCGCCACUUAUCCGUGAUAUCUAAAACGUGCACGUGCACUUAAGCACGGUUUUAAUUGACUUUUGAUCCACUUCUUUAGUCAUUCACGCUUUACACAAUUUAAGAAUAGCAUUCAUAAGAAUUUAAAUGAAAAAAGUGAUAUUCCUUUGAAAUAUAGUUUGUGUUAAAUAUUCCAAGUAGUAGAGUUAGCGAUUUCCAAGAUGACGGACUCAGUCUGCAGCGCCCUGGGAAUCGACAGGGUAGACUUGCGAGGAAAACUGACCCUCAUUGAAGAGCAGCAUGGCAGCGAUGCUAAUUUCCUCAUAAACUCGUUCAUUUCCUCUUCCCUGGAGAAGAGUCAAGGAAUUUGCCUCGUCCUCUUUCACAAUACCUUCGGACACUACCACAAUAUAGGUAUGAAACUAGGAUACAAUCUGAAUGUCUUGCGAGAAAGAGGCCAGGUUUCAGUCGUGGAACCGAUGAAGCUCAUAGCGAGCAACAUUCAUGACCUGGGCCAUGAUUCCGUGGACGCUGCGAACGUAGAUUUCAAUGAGAAAUGUCCCGAGGAAGAUCUUGGCGUUCCCAAUAUCAUGAAACUGGAUCCGACCCUUGUGCGCAAACUAUUUUUGCCUCUGAGGAAUCAAAUAUAUGAACUGCUGAAACACCAAGAGUCUGUAACAGUGAUUAUCGAUGAUUUAAGCCACCUUUUCGAUCUACGGAUGAGUCUCCGGGACGUGUGGUUUUUUGUCAGAUAUUUAAGGUCUCUGAUGGAGUUCGAACAAUCUCUUUCCAUAUCCAUUUUGACACACACGUACAAAGCCGAUCCUGAUUCUUGCCAACCGGAUCUCAUCGCAGUAGGUUUGAAACACAUAUCGCAACUGAUUAUAGUUGUUGAACCUCUGAGUACGGGUCACGCGAAAGAUGUCUCUGGAAAGAUGAGCAUUCGUUGGAAAAUUGAUUCCGUCAGGACGAAGUACAACUGGCCAGAAAAGGCCUCAUACCUCUUCAAGUUGCUGGAUCGACAAGUGAAAGUUUUCGCUCCUGGUGGUGCUGUUCUUCUCUCGUAAGAAAAGUUACCGAGAUCAUUUAAAGUUUAAAAAACGUGAUGAAGAUCCUGCCUCAAAAUAAUGGAAGGGAGGCCCAGAGCGGAGAAACUGCACGAAAGGCGAAAUUUGUUUUAAUCAGAAAGACUUGAAAGCUAUUUUAUUUAUGUUAAAUUCCACGGUGAACUAUUCUUGUUGUACUACUUUUAAAUAGUUCACGCAUUUUUUUAUAUGAGUUUAUAAGUCGUCGCUGCUAUGUGUAUUACCGAGAAAUAUAAGGAGAAUUUUUUAUAGAAACUAUUUUUCCGCAGGAAGUAAUUUCUCUUUUUUUAACUUAAAUAUUUAAAAUAUUUAAUAUAAUUAAGAACGCAUUUCAAUUUUGAUUCAAUGAUAAAUGCAAUUUUAAAAAGUAAAGAAUUACAAUUGAAGACAUGAGAGUGACAACUGGAUGAAGACCAAUUUUUUGAAAUUCUGUUUUUAACGAUAAUAGUUCAUUUUUUAUACUAUUUGUCAAUACAUAUUAGGGUUAUGUAAAAAUCAUUUCUCCUUUCACUCGAAAAAAUAAGUUAAAAAAUAAUCUUAUCUUGUUAUUAUUCCCAUGUCUUCAAUUUCAUUGAAUAUUCUGGAGUUUCUAGUCCUUGCGUAAGCCUUAGAUUGAAUGUAUUUUGAUAUUUUACCUCAUUGCAGUAUUAUGGGAAACGUUUGAUCUUCGUAAUGCAGUAGUAUUUUAAAUAAGGAUGGCAUGAUAGUAAAAGUUUAGACAAUUUGAUCAAAGACUGCGGUACCCUUAUGUUUAAUUAUUAUAAUUAACAGGGUCCUUUCUUAAAAUUUGUUAUUGUUCAGUAAACUAUUCCAAAAUUGUAUUAAUAAUUUUAGAAUG